AUGGCCGCAGUUGAAUCACUUGUAAAAGUCGAAGAAAAACCUGUUAACAGAGAAAAGACUUGCCCAUUAUUAUUAAGAGUAUUCUGUGCAAUGGGACAUCAUAAUAAUUUAUCGGAAUACUAUCGUGGCGCUGUGCCUGGGAAUGAACUUCAAAUAUAUACAUGGAUGGAUGCUACUCUACGCGAAUUGACUGGCCUGAUUAAAGAGGUAAACAUUGAGUCUCGAGUCCGUGGAACAACAUUUGAUUUUGUUCUAGUAUCACCAGAAUAUAAUUGCCCAAGGUUCAAUGCAUUCGAAAUCGGCCUUACUGUUGCUGGAAAUAGAUCGCCAGAUGAUUCAAAAACAUUAGGGAACACAAGAUUUGCUAUUGGUGAUUAUUUAGAUGUUUGCAUAACUCCUCCAGAGCGUUUCAUGAGAAGACCAGCACCAAUGCGUUACCUUAAAAAAAAAAAACCUUUCACUCAUUGA